AUGGAGACGGAUAACUCUAUGGACUUCACCUUCACACAAGGCGAGGUUCCCUGUCAGAUCCCUGCCAAGUUCCUGGCCCACUAUGGACCGGAACCGCACCUGCAGUUCAUCGCACGCAAAGAAUACUUUCAGGAUUUGACAGCACGGUUCGCGGCCGUUGAGCGUGCAAUUGAUAACGCCACUGCCGAAGAAAAGAUGCGAUUAUCCCUCCAGAAUCUGCAGCCAUUAGAUGGAAGUGUUGAGACGGCGUUGGAUCGAGUAUUCCGCUUCAUUGACCAAGAAGGUCCCUUUGAUGGAGUAUUGGGACACUCUGAGGGAACUGCCAUGGCGGCUACCGUCCUACUAGAGGAGAAAAGAAGGUUCCGUCAAACAGGUCGGCCUCCGCAAUUGAGGUGUGGCAUUUUCUUCAACGGAUUCCCGCCUCUGAUCCCAGGGCAAAAUAAAUACCUCCUGGCGGACGACGAGGAGGAAAGCGGGAUGGCGUGUGAGGAUCGGUGUAUUAACGUGCCAACGCUUCAUGUGCUGGGAUCCCUCGACCCAUGGGUCUAUGGCUCGCUCGCUUUAUAUAACGUCUGCUGUCGCGAGAAGGCGAGUUUGUUUGAUCAUGGGGGCGGUCAUAGUGUCCCCAGAGAUGUUCGGACAAUUAGAGAAUUAGGGCAGGUCGUCCGUGAGAUACUUGAGCCCUUGAGAUAG